CGCCAGUGCCACAGGCUGCAACGAAAAGGUACCACACCCAAAGCAGAGGGAACAGCAUAUAAUGCAGGUCAAAACCCUAACAAGUCUCACUUAUAUACGGUGGUAAUUUAUAAACCUUCCAAUUUCCAAAACCCUUCCCCCUCUGCUCGAAGGAAGAAGGCUCAGGGUUCUCCAGGCGUGCAUAUAAAGUGUAUUUUAUGCGUGGGAGCAGUGACGUAGGCCCUAGCUCGUCCUUCCUUACUGCGUUUAAGCCUCGUCAAGUUCUGCUUUUGGAGCAGCAGCAGAGAAACCUAGCAGUACAGAAACCAAUGGCGAAGAAAGCGGUCGAAUUGAAGCCUGAAGACGAGUCAAUUCUAGUCUGUUCCGUCGCGCUGUGGCUCGAAAAUAAGGGCUUUUCCAAAGUCCUCAAACGCUUCCUCACCGCAGCUCAAAUUGAGGAUGACAGUUGGAAGGCUAGAGCGCUUAACUUGAAUGAGAUUUUCUCCAAAUAUCAGGAAAUUUGUACUGGUGCUCAUGAAGACUUAAAAUUCCAAAAGAAGCAAGAUGUACAGGUGGUUAGUGCAAGAGGAACAAAUGGAGGUACAAUUGGUACAGCAUCCGAAGAAAUUGGGAGUAAGAAGAAGAAUAAAAAAAAUAAAGGGGACAUGGCAGUGACCGACACUGGAAGAACGCCUGAAGAUAUAGCCACGAGUGGAAAGGUGAAUGAAUCAUAUGUGAAUGGCAAAGAGGAUGAGGAUCAGAGAUACAAAACAUCUGAUGCUCUCAGUCUCAGUGACCAGAAAUCUAAAGUACCGAAGGAAUUUAAUGAUGAAAAAGUUUGUGACACAACAAUGGAUCUUUCAACUAAGAAACAGAAAGACAAGAAGAAAAAGAAAAACAAGUUGAUGUCAGAGCCAUUGGAUGUCAAUGAAAACCAAACAGAUGUAAUGCCUGAGGUGACUGAGUCGAAACAUAAAAGAGAAACCACUGUGGAUAAGAAAUCUAGAAAGCGAUCAGUUGAAGCUGCAGAAGAUGAGGUUAAUGAAUCUAAAAAGUCUUCCAAGAAAAGAAAAAGAAUGGCUCAUGAUGAAAAUGAAAAUAAGCUUGAUCAGGAAGUAGCUGUUGAAGAAUCAAAGCCUAAAAAGACUAAAAGUCUGGAAGAAGGCGAAGAUGUUCUAAAGCAGAUUAAUCCAUCCGGAGCCAAUGAAAAUGCUGGUGGACAAAAUAAAGAGGAAAAGUUCCAAGCUGGUCAAGCAGGUUCCGAGAAUUGCAAAGAUAAACAAGCUGAUGAAAACACUAAAUCUACUCUUAACAACAAUGGGGUGGAUAAAUCAAAUCAGCCGAAAUCUGCAAGGAAACAGCCCAAAAAUUCUGCUGAGCCAAAAACGGUGAAUGCAUUUCAAAGAGUGAAAGUUGAAGAGGUGGAGUUUGUUGAUGACAGGCUCCAAGAUAAUUCUUACUGGGCAAAGGAUGGUGCAGAUACUGGUUAUGGCGCAAAAGCUCAAGAAGUUUUGGGACAAGUCAAAGGAAGGGAUUUCCGACAUGAAAAAACAAAGAAAAAGCGCGGUAGCUAUAGAGGAGGACAAAUUGACCUGCAAUCCCACUCUGUAAAGUUUAACUAUUCAGAUGAUGAGUGAUGGAAACUUACAAAUUAGAAACAUACCUCACUGCUUUCUGCAAGGAUGCGUCUGGAUGCCUGCUUCUGCUUUCUGCAACAAUGGCUCUGAGAUUAUAAAGUUUUGGUAUAAUUUUUGUCCUAUAUCAUUAAUGCGACUCGAUGAACUACAUCCCUGAUUCAAAAUUAGUCAAUUUUCUGUAUGGACCAUUCUUGGAUAUGCUUGGUUACGAUUAUUGUCUGCUGGUGC